AUGGAUGAAUAUGAUGAUGAAUUUUCUGAUAACUCUAUUGAAAUUACAAUUAAUGAGUAUUAAGGAAGAGAAUCACACAUAACAGAGAAAAGUAUAAUUCGAUACUUGAAAAACUUGGGUCUUAAAAUGAAAACCAACCCUAUGAUAAAACAAUUGCAAUAUGAAAGAUCAAACAAUUAAAUAAUUGAUGUUCUAACUUCAAAAGCCCUGUCUUCUUAGGGUAAUAUUUUGAAGGAAACAGAAACAGAUUAUAAUACCUUAUUCUAAAAAAAUCCAUUAUUGAAAAGAAUUAGAAAACAAAGUUCCUCUUUAAAAGUAUUGCAUCAUACAUGA